AUGAAGCUGCCCCUGCUCCUGAGCCUGGUGGUGCUCACGCAGAGCCUGGGCAGGAUUCCGCUGAAGAGAGCAAAGUCCCUGAGGAGCAGACUUCAGGAAGUGGGGUUGCUGGAGAAAUUCCCCAGAAAAUUCCCUUCAAAUGUGGGCUCCAAGUACUUCAAAUCUCCUGUCAAGGUUAUCACCGACCCCCUGGAAAACUACCUGGAUAUCGAGUUUUUCGGCUCCAUCUCCAUUGGAUCCCCACCCCAGAAGUUCCUUGUGCUCUUUGACACCGGCUCCUCCUACCUGUGGGUGCCCUCGGUGAACUGCAGCAGCGAGGCCUGCGUCAUCCACACGCGCUUCAAUCCGCAGCAGUCUUCCACCUACAGAGCCAUCAACCAGCCUGUCUCUAUCUACUAUGGCACUGGCAGCAUGGCUGGAUUCCUGGCCAAUGAAACCGUGCAUGUUGGAAGCAUCCAAGUGCACAACCAGACCAUUGGCCUGAGCGAGAGCGAGCCUGGUUCCUUUUUCUACUAUGCUCCUUUCGACGGUAUCCUGGGCCUGGCCUUCCCCAGCAUCGCUGCGCCAACGGCCACCCCUGUCUUUGACAACAUCAUGAACCACCGCUUGGUAUCUGUGGCCCUCUUCUCUUUCUGCCUCAGCCUUGAGAAAAGGAAGAGCUUUGUGACAUUUGGAGGCAUUGAUUAUUCCUGCUUCUUUGGGAAACUCCACUGGAUCCCUCUAUCUUCUAAAACUUACUGGCAAAUCUCUAUAGACAGCAUUACCGUGAAGGGCCAGGUCAUUGCGUGCCCGAGGGGCUGCCAAGCUGUGAUUGAUACCGGGACCUCCCUGCUCGCCGGGCCCCUUGGUUCCAUCAUUGCCAUCCAUGACCACAUUGGUGUCAGCGAGGACUCCAAUGGCGAGUAUGUGGUCAACUGCAGGACCAAGAAUAACUUGCCUGACAUUGUCUUUGUCAUUAAUGGCAUCAAGUUCCCUGUAUCUGCCAAGGCUUACAUUCUACAGAUGCGCCAAGGCUAUUGCAGGAGUGGUUUGGAAGGCACUUUCAUCCCUGCCUCGUCUGGAGAUCUUUGGAUCCUCGGUGAAAUCUUCCUCUGCCAAUACUACAGUGUUUUUGACAGAGCCAACAACCAAGUGGGCCUGGCCCAUGCAGCAUGA